AUGCAGUGGGAUACAUGGGGGCUCCUGGCUCGAGAGGAGGCCGCUCAAGCCCUUGGGCCAGUACGUCCAGGGAAGGCCAGUGGAGGCUUUCCUGGUCACCCAGGGCCAUGCUUCGAGGUCUACCUAUGGCGCAUAGGGCUGAGAUGGAGGGUCAAGGAGUGGGUGAGAGUUUAUCCCGCCUUUGGAAAUGGGAUGGUCCCCAUGACGAAUGCAUCCAAGCCCCUCAGACAGCGGAAGCGGGCCGGUAGGAUGGAUAUUGCAUGUGGCGCAGCUGACAUGGCCGAAGCGGUGAAUCAAGCCGAGACAUGGGCUUUUGUUUGCCAGACAAGAUGCAAGCCGUGUCUGUCCAGAAACUCGGCGAGAAAUGAAUGGAUUGGGCAAAGUGUGAGCGCCGGGAAAGGCAACAAAACGUUUCGAUACCUUGGUCUGAACAUCUGGUCAGUGCUGAGGUACAACCAUGGAUCACCAGUGACCAAAGGGCAAUGGCUUACAUGCUUGCCUACCUUACAGGCCACAGCCCUUCCCGCGAGACAAGACCCUCUGCUCCUGCCAUGCUCGCCUGGCAGUGACACAACGCCGUCGAGACGGGCCGCGUGCGUCUGGUCAUCAUGCCGUCUCAUGCUUCUCCGGUCUUGUUUCCCGCAACUUGAACUGACAAAUGCUCGGGCUACUGCUUCUGCUCCUGCUCGACUGGUGCUGCUGCCCGUUGGCGAUACGAGGAACGGUGACAGAACCAUGCAGCUGCAGCGCGCUCUUGCAUGCCAAGAGAGACUACCUCCUGCUCCCGUGAUUGUCUUGUCUCUCUCUCUCUCAUUCUCGGAGUUCACCUCCGGGGAAAAGCAGGCAGAAGCGAUUUCUAUUCCGAACCUCACCUCCAGAGUGCUGGACCGUCAGCGAUGCCAAUGCUUCCAGGUCCUCCACGAGAAGAGCGAAAACGUUCACCCGGGCAUCGCAAUUGCAUCGGGUCAUGGCGAGCCCAGCUACAACAUACCUCAUUGGGAUAAAUGCCCGCCUCAUAUGCCCUGCUCAUGCCUUGCUCGCGCAUCUACGAGGUACUGGCGAUGUUGCAUCGCCGUCUUGACCUUCAGUUUUGAGAAGCUCAAAGUCAGAUAA